UGCAGACUACAGCCAAAUUGACGUGAACAUGAACGACAGAAAAAAUCCGAUGACCCUGAAAAUAAUCCUGAUAGGAAACUCCGGGGUGGGAAAAUCCUCCUUCCUGAACAGGUACGUGAAUCACCGCUUCACCAACAUGUACCGGGCCACGGUGGGGACGGACUUCCUCGACAAGACCAUCAACAUAGACGGGGACGCGGUCAACCUUCAGAUCUGGGACACGGCGGGCACCGAGAGGUUCCAGUCUCUGGGCACUCUUCUGUACCGGGGGGCCCACUGCUGCGUGCUGGUGUUCGACGUCACUUCCGCGGCCAGUUUCUCCGCUCUGCAGGAGUGGAGGAUGGAGUUCCUGGUCCAGGGAGAUCCUCAGGAGCCAGAACACUUCCCCUUCAUCGUGCUGGGCAACAAAACCGACCUGAGCAACCGAGAGGUGUCGGCCAGCGCGGCCCUGCGGUGGUGCGAGGAGGUGGGAGCAGAAUACUUCGAGGGGAGCGCGAGAGACGGCCUGGACGUGGAGAGGCCGUUCCUGGGCGCCGCUCGGGGCGGCUUACGACAGUACAAAAAACACACAUUGGAAAAUACAGGACAUUUCCAGAUAACCUGCAAACAGCCGAGAGAAACUCGCAACACCUGCGAGUGCUGAGAGCACUCGUCCCGAGUCGGGGAGGGAAAGUUCAGAGACCUCGGCACUGCUGAUGAUGACCUAUCUAACGAGGGUGCAAAAAUAGUGACCCAGCAAAAGGUACUGUGGAAGGAAAGGACACAAUUGUAUACCACGUGGAGAGAGAGAGAGGGGAACAAAGUCAGUAAAUGCUUUUUUUUGUCUGUUUUUUUUGUUUGGAGAACCUUCAGCUUAUGGUCUAACUUAAGGCAUCACUACUAAAAACUACACUGCUUUUUGCAUGCAUGUCUAGUUUUGUUCAACAGACA